AUGUCCAAACGUAUCACAAAGGAAUUCGGUGAGAUUUCCCAAAACCCGCCUGAGGGUUUCUCCAUCUCCCUCCCUCCUGAUGAGACCAUCUACACCUGGCAUGUUACGCUCACGGCACCUGAGUCAUCACCCUACCACCCAGGCAAAUUCGGAAUCGUCCUGACCCUGCCAAUUGAAUACCCCUUCAAGCCGCCUGUCGUCAAGUUCAUCACUCGAAUCUAUCACCCCAACGUCACAAACGACGGCCAGGGCAACAUCUGCCUUGGCCUCCUCAAGCCCGACGCUUGGAAACCCAGCACACAGCUCCGCGCUGUUCUCGAGGGCCUUCGCAACCUCCUAGAGGAGCCCCAGAUCGGCGACCCCCUCGAGGAGCGAAUUGCUCAAGAGUAUCAGAGCAACCGCGCCGAGUUUGAUAAAAACGCCAAGAAACAUGUUGAGAUGUAUGCAAUGGGUUCGCCUGACUUUCCUCCGGUUGCCUAG